ACUGUAACUCGGCUAGGAUUAAUAAAUAAAGGACACAACCAGGAGUUUGUUGGAGUGCAGCCUCAUGGCGCAGAGGUAUGAUGAACUGGCUCAUUACGGUGGAAUGGAUGGAGUAGGAGUUCCGGCGUCUAUGUACGGAGACCCCCACGCUCCUCGACCGAUACCGCAAGUGCAUCACUUGAACCAUGGACCGCCACUGCACGCCAGCCAGCACUACGGGGCCCACGCGCCGCAUCCUAACGUGAUGCCCACCAGCAUGGGCUCCGCUGUCAAUGACGUUUUAAAGAGGGACAAAGACCAGAUUUACGGUCAUCCCCUGUUUCCGCUGCUCGCGCUGGUGUUCGAGAAGUGCGAGCUCGCGACUUGCACGCCGCGCGAGCCCGGGGUGGCGGGCGGCGACGUCUGUUCCUCCGACUCCUUCAACGAGGACAUCGCUGUCUUCGCCAAACAGGUCAGAGCAGAAAAGCCUUUAUUUUCUUCAAAUCCAGAGUUGGACAACUUGAUGAUACAAGCGAUACAAGUAUUACGGUUUCAUCUUCUGGAAUUAGAAAAGGUUCAUGAGCUCUGCGACAACUUUUGCCACCGGUACAUCAGCUGCUUGAAAGGAAAAAUGCCAAUUGAUCUGGUUAUUGACGAACGGGAUGGUAGCUCAAAGUCAGACCACGAGGAGCUUUCAGGAUCUUCCACUAACCUGGCCGACCAUAAUUCAGCAUCCUGGAGAGACCAUGAUGAUGCCACCUCAACACAUUCUGCUGGCACACCAGGGCCCUCCAGCGGAGGUCAUGCUUCUCAAAGUGGGGACAAUAGCAGCGAGCAAGGAGAUGGUUUAGACAACAGUGUGGCUUCUCCAGGUACGGGUGAUGACGACGAUCCAGACAAGGACAAAAAACGACAGAAAAAACGUGGCAUCUUCCCAAAAGUAGCAACAAAUAUCAUGAGAGCAUGGCUGUUCCAACACCUCACGCACCCAUACCCUUCUGAAGAACAGAAAAAACAAUUAGCCCAAGAUACAGGACUUACUAUCUUACAAGUAAACAACUGGUUUAUUAAUGCCAGAAGAAGAAUAGUACAGCCCAUGAUUGACCAGUCAAAUAGAGCAGGUUUUCUUCUUGAUCCUUCAGUGAGCCAAGGCGCUGCAUACAGUCCAGAGGGCCAGCCUAUGGGUAGCUUUGUGCUGGAUGGCCAGCAACACAUGGGGAUCCGGCCAGCUGGACCUAUGAGUGGAAUGAGCAUGAAUAUGGGCAUGGAUGGGCAGUGGCACUACAUGUAACUUUCCAACUACAAAAUGCAGCAAAGGGGAAGUUUACAAAUGCUUUUCAGGGGAAGAUGUAACUUGGAGUGGUCUCGUGGGUAUGAGCAUGGCACAGCUACACUAUGGCACAACACACCUCAGAAGACUCCUCACCUCCUCCCCCCAACUGCAACAGAGGCCUACCUACUAAAAUGUUCCUAUGCCCACUGA